CAUGUAAUGUAGGCUAUGGUGUCUAUUCUGGUUAUGUGUGAACAACUUCCCAAUCCAAUUGGAUCACCUCUUCGAGGAGUAUCUGACAACAAAGUUUCUGGAUUAGAGUCCAACAAAUCAGAGAGAAGUUUCUCAAUGGUACUUAAUAACUCAGACAGUACGGGAGUUUCAUGUGAAAAUGGAAUCUCAUUGAAUGCAUCUGGACAUAAUUCUGAUGCAUCUCUUAUUAACUACAAACAGAAGGAGAACGAAAUUUCCAGCGUGUCAGGGUUACCUAAGAAUGAUUCUGCUGAAACAUUAUUUGAUGUGCCGUUCGUAGAGGAGGAGAAGCAACCCAGAGAUUCGACAUUUGAUAUGGACAUGGUUAGUAAUUUGGAGGGCAGAUGGUAGCUCAUUUUGUGUUUUGUUUCAUAUUACCUUAUAUGUAUUUUGGUUGCAUUGUAAAUUUUAUAUUUUUGUUGGUAUUACAGGGCAUGUUGGGUAAUCUGCCCUUGAUAUUUUAUUUUUGUUGAUAUUAGUAGACAUGUUUUGUUGUUGGAAUUUAGG